AGUAUGAAGCAGCUGAAAUCCUCUUGGUGUUUCCCAGGAUGCCAUGCUCUUCGCUGCAGAGUCAAAGGAUGCCGAGCUGGCAGAGACUCUGCUGCAGUGGUUCCUGCAGGAAGACAGGAAGGAGUGCUUUGCCGCCUGCCUGUUCGCCUCCUACGACCUCCUCCACCCUGACGUGGUGCUGGAACUGGCCUGGAGACACAACAUAAUGGACUUUGCCAUGCCCUACUUCAUCCAAGUCAUGAGAGAGUACCUCACUAAGGUUGAUGAAUUUGCAGCAAAGGUGAUGGUGGACAAACUGGAGGAGGCAGAAAGCCAGAGGAAAACUGAGGACGACGUGAAAGAGCCUCAGCCGAUGGUGUUUGGCCAGCAGCUGAUGCUGACUGCUGCUGCCUCUCCUGUGGCGGCUCAGCCACCGUACCCAACUUACGGCUAUCCCCCCGCCGCCGCUGCCGCCGCCGCCGCCGCUCCUCCCGCUGCCGCAGGUUACCCCGCCCAGCCAGCCUACGGCUUCAACAUGUAAACGGCUCCAACUCCUCAUCUUAUUCCAUCUGUCUCUCCUGGUUUCCCUUCACCUGACAAACUCACGCACACUUGAACUGAACCGCACUGCUCCGAGCCCCAGCUGAUUCGGCGGAGGCUGAAGAGUCUGAAGAGUCUCCGCCCGCGCUCACUGAAACUGCAGUCUCAAGUUUCUUCACGCCCCGUCUAGAUGAGUGGCCUCAGAGACGUUGUGAGGAAUCCGGUGACCUCCCAGCCAUUUUCUUCCCACUUGCAUCACUAAUCUAAACAGCAUGAAGUCGCUUCUCAGCAGCCGGAGGAGCACCAAACCACUUCGUCCUCUUGCUGUUCCAUGUAGACUUUAACCAUAGAGCAGCUUUUGGUUCUGUGUUUUAUCGCACUGAUGAAAAAGAGACUUUUCUGAGAAGCAGCAGAAGGUGGGAGGCAUGUGUUUGCUUCUCCACCUUCCUCUUGAAAGCACUGUUGCGGCCUUAUUUAAUCUAAGGAGGCGGCUUGUUUGUCUCACAUCUGAAUUCACAUCCGUGUCAAGCUCUGUUCUGAAUGACAGUCGCUGUGCAAUCGUUCUGUGUCCUUUCACAGCAGGUACAAGUAUUUGCAGUAUACAGACUAUUGACCACUUGUGAAUAAGAAUUACAGUCUGUGAAUGAGUGUGUGUGUGUGGAGCCUUUGAAGCUUUUGUGGACACAAUGAAACUUUCACCCACCGUAGAUCUGAUCUCAUCGGUCGACUUUUCAAAGCCCCGAAAGUGGAAGUCCGGAGCGUCGGGAUGGGUGAGACAAAAACUAUGAAGAAAAGGAGGUAAAAUCAUAAAUAUGUGCAUGUGCUGCCAAAUAAUAAUACUGCAACCAGGAGCACAACUGUCAUGUUACACUCAAGUAUAUCAAGUAUUACAGAUUUUGUGUCAAAAACAAAGAUGUAUAAUAAAACCUUCCCACCAAAUUAAAAAAAAAAAAAAAAAAGAUGUGGUGAAGCUUUGAGUCUCAAGGAGGUGCCAGUUAGAUAAAAAAACUGUACAAUUUAAAUGUAAUGAAAUUCCUUACAGAUCAGAAGUAAAAUAGUAUGAAGCGCCAUAUGUAUUGUCUAUAAUGUGUUGUAGUCCUAAAAAAGGUAUAAAGAUUUUUUUUGUAAGAAAAAGACAAAUGGCCAAAAACAAAGCAGCUUAAUAAAUGGCAAAGUCUUGAGACAA